AUGUCCGACCCACACAACGCCGGAACUGGGAGCUGUAUCAACACAAAAGUCAGACCAGACACUAACCAGCUCGCCAGUUGUGGAGAUUUACGUGUAAAACAGGCUACCAACCAGUUGGAUUUUGCAUCUACGUACAUUUCAGUUACGGACACGUGGACCUGGAACAAUACGUAUAUUCACGUCGAGGCGAGAGACGCUGAUGAUGGCGAUACGUAUGACGUCAUAGAUACCCUUACGUUAAAAAAGGAUCUGACCCCCGGGUAUUGGGAUCUGUCAAACGCCGCCUCGGUAUCAGUUCUGCUCCAAGAUCACGUCAGGCUGAGCCUAAGGUUGUUGGUCUGGUGUGGCGCCAAUAGGUACGGGAGGAAUUGUGACGUACAGUGUACAGCCAGCGGACAUAGGGCAUGUGACCCAGAUACUGGCGCCACGAUCUGUCAAUCUGGUUACACGGGGAGUGACUGUCACGACAUAGACGAGUGUAAGGAACACUACUGUCACGGACCUGGUACACUUCUCUGUACCAACAGACAUGGGUCCUACCAGUGUGGCUGUAAUACUGGCUGGACGGGGAAAAACUGUUCACAAGAUGUCGACGAAUGUCAACACAAUCCCUGUCAACAUGGCGGUACUUGUAAUAACACAGUCGGAUCUUACAUAUGCACGUGUCACGGAUUUCAUGGCCAUAACUGUGAACGUGACAUAGACGAGUGUCAGCCAAACAAUCCCUGUCAGCACGGAGGCACGUGUCACAACACACGAGGGUCAUACACGUGCUCCUGUCACGGCUUCACAGGACAAAACUGUUCACAAGAUGUCGACGAAUGUCAACAAAAUCCAUGUCAACAUGGCGGUACCUGUAAUAACACUGUUGGGUCGUACACGUGUUCAUGUCACGGAUUUAGUGGACAGAAUUGUGAAAAUGAUAUAAAUGAAUGUACCAACGUAACUUGUCCACACAAAAACGCGCAUUGUGUGAACAAUAUCGGAUCUUACACGUGUCAGUGUAAUACAGGGUGGGCAGGUAGCCAGUGUAAUACAGACGUAGAUGAGUGUAAACAUAAUCCCUGUAAACAUGGAGGCACAUGUCACAACACUGACGGAAAUUUCACGUGUCAGUGUAAUACCGCCUGGACUGGAUGGAGCUGUUCGGAGGAUGUCAAUGAAUGUCAUACUAUACAUAAUUUAUGUCAAAAUGGUGGAACAUGUACCAAUAAUCCCGGCAGGUAUAAAUGUACAUGUAAGACUGGUUGGAAAGGUGUUAACUGCUCGACAGAUAUCAAUGAAUGUGACGAACACGUGUGUAAACACAACGCCACCUGUACCAAUACUGGGGGUGGCUUUAACUGUACGUGUAAAGAGGGUUGGCAGGGUAAUACUUGUGAGCGUGACAAAGACGAAUGUCGUAACAGCCCUUGUCACAAUGGGGCUACUUGUCAAAACAACGCCGGAUCGUAUAGGUGUGUCUGUAGGAGUGGCUGGGCAGGACAUCACUGUGGCGUGGGUAGAGAUGAAUGUAAACUGACAAAAAUGUGUCAUCAUGGAUCGUGUCUUAACACCAAUGGAAGCUACGUGUGUAACUGUGAUAGUGGUUGGGGCGGACAGAACUGUUCAGACGAUACCAAUGAGUGUCUAACCAUUCGCCCCUGUCUUAAUAACGGACAGUGUAACAACACGCCAGGAAGCUACCGGUGUAACUGUACCAAGCACUGGAAAGGCAGAAACUGUUCACAAGAUGUCGAUGAAUGUACAACACAGACACCUUGUCAGCACGGCGGAUCGUGCACUAAUAACGUAGGCGGGUUUACGUGUUCCUGUGUGCAUGGUUGGACGGGAACGAAAUGUGAAACAGACGUAGACGAGUGUAAAAACACGACAAUUUGUACCAACCACGGGGAGUGUCACAACGGUAACGGUAACUUUAGUUGUGAAUGCAUCAAAGGUUGGGAGGGAAAAUUCUGCGAACAUGACAUCGAUGAGUGUCAAAAUGUUCCAUGUCACCAUGGCGGCACGUGUAACAACAAUGACGGUAACUAUACCUGUCAGUGUACGACCGGAUGGACCGGAUGGAAUUGUGAAAUUGAUGUGAAUGAAUGCCUUGAUACUCCAAACGUGUGUAAAAAUAACGCAACUUGUAAAAACAAAAAUGGUAGUUAUGAAUGUAUUUGCAAAUCUGGAUGGAGCGGACAUAACUGCACGAGUUUUUCACAUAUGAUUACAUGUGCAGAACAUCUGUGUAAAAACAACGCCACCUGUUCUGUUACUAAUGGCAGUAUCAGGUGUAAUUGCACUGUUGGCUGGACAGGACACUUUUGUGAAACCGACGUCAACGAAUGCCAACAGAAUCCUUGUCAACACGGCGGCACAUGCCAAAAUACAAACGGUAGCUUUACGUGUGACUGUCCUCAUGGUUGGACGGGCGACCUGUGUGAUACUGAUGUCAACGAAUGUCUCCCUAAUCCUUGUCAACAUGGUGGAAGUUGUCAAAAUUCACAAGGGAGCUUCGCAUGUAGCUGUUCUAACGGUUGGACAGGAAACAAAUGUCAAACUGACAUCAACGAGUGUCAACAUAAUCCUUGCCAACAUCGGGGCACCUGUAACAAUGUAGAUGGUAAUUAUACGUGUCACUGUAGGCAAGGCUGGACGGGUUGGAAUUGUGGCCAUGAUGUAAACGAAUGUCAAAUGACUCCGAAAGUGUGUAGAAAUAACGCGACGUGUCACAAUACCGGUGGUGGCUAUACUUGUUCCUGUUUGUCUGGAUGGAGUGGAGAUAACUGCACAUCUGACGUUGAUGAAUGCGAUAAGCACGUGUGUAAAAACAACGCCACGUGUACCAAUACCGACGGCGGCUAUAAGUGUAGUUGUACCAAAGGUUGGCGAGGGAGUACAUGCGAGGAGGAUAUAGAUGAAUGUUUCUCACACAAUCCUUGUUUAAAUCACGGACACUGCUGGACGGGUUGGAAUUGUGGCCAGGAUGUAAACGAAUGUCAAAUGACUCCGAAAGAGGGUAGAAAUAACGCGACGUGUCACAAUACCGAGGGCGGCUAUACUUGUUCCUGUUUGUCUGGAUGGAGCGGAGAUAACUGCACAUCUGACGUUGAUGAAUGCGAUAAGCACGUGGGUAAAAACAACGCCACGUGUACCAAUACUGUCGGCGGCUAUAAGUGUAGGUGUACCAAAGAAACAUCGAUGGUGCAAGGCUGGACGGGUUGGAAUUGUGGCCAGGAUGUAAACGAAUGUCAAAUGACUCCGAAAGUGUGUCGAAAUAACGCGACGUGUCACAAUACCGAGGGCGGCUAUACGUGUUCCUGUUUGUCUGGAUGGAGCGGAGAUAACUGCACAUCUGACGUAGAUGAAUGCGAUAAGCACGUGUGCAAAAACAACGCCACGUGUACCAAUACCGAUGGCGGCUAUAAGUGUAGUUGUACCAAAGGUUGGCGGGGGAGUACAUGCGAGGAGGAUAUAGAUGAGUGUUUCUCACACAAUCCUUGUUUAAAUCACGGACACUGCAGAAACAUCGAUGGUGGCUACCAUUGUAAUUGUUCAAAAAAUUGGACUGGAAAAAACUGUUCAGAGGACGUCGAUGAAUGUAAAACGGAUAGUAUCUGUCUUCAUGGUGGGACCUGUUUAAAUACUCACGGUGGCUUCGCGUGUUCUUGUGUAAAAGGACGGACAGGAAAUACAUGUGAAAACGACGUGAAUGAGUGUAAUAACAAAGCGAUAUGUAAAAAUGGAGGAAAACGUAUUCAUAUCGUUGAUGGCUUUCCAUGUAAUUGUACUGUUGGAUGGACUGGUGACACGUGUCAAACCGACUUCAACGAGUGUCAAUCUCAUCCCUGUCAACAUGGCGGCACGUGCAUCAAUACCGACGGAAACUUCACGUGUACCUGUCCUCAUGGUUGGACGGGCGACCUGUGUGAUACUGACGUCAACGAAUGUCAUUCUAAUCCUUGUCAACAUGGUGGCACGUGUCGAAAUUCCAAAGGUAGCUUUACCUGUCAUUGUUCUCAUGGCUGGUCAGGCAACAAAUGUCAAACCGACAUCGAUGAAUGUCACCAAAAUCCUUGUCAACAUGAUGGAACUUGUCAAAAUUCCAAAGGGAGCUUCGCAUGUAGCUGUUCUAACGGUUGGACAGGCAACAAGUGUCAAACUGACAUCAACGAGUGUCAACAUAAUCCUUGCCAACAUCGGGGCACCUGUAACAAUGUAGAUGGUAAUUAUACGUGUCACUGUAGGCAAGGCUGGACGGGUUUGAAUUGUGGCCAUGAUGUAAACGAGUGUCAAAUGACUCCGAGAGUUUGUAGAAAUAACGCGACGUGUCACAAUACCGGUGGUGGCUAUAAUUGUUCCUGUUUGUCUGGAUGGAGAGGAGAUAACUGCACAUCUGACGUAGAUGAAUGCGAUAAUCACGUGUGUAAAAACAACGCCACGUGUACCAAUACUGUCGGCGGCUAUAAGUGUAGGUGUACCAAAGGUUGGCGGGGGAGUACAUGCGAGGAGGAUAUAGAUGAAUGUGUCUCACACGAUCCUUGUUUAAAUCACGGACACUGCAGAAACAUCGAUGGUGGCUACCAUUGUAAUUGUUCAAAAAAUUGGACUGGAAAAAACUGUUCAGAGGACGUCGAUGAAUGUAAAACAAAUAAUAUCUGUCUUCAUGGUGGUACCUGUUCAAAUACUCACGGUGGCUUCGCGUGUUCUUGUGUAAAAGGAUGGACAGGGAAUACAUGUGAAAACGACUUGAAUGAGUGUAAUAACAAAGUCAUAUGCAAACAUGGAGGAAUAUGUAAUAAUAUCGGUGGUGGCUUUACAUGUAAUUGUACUGUUGGAUGGACUGGUGACACGUGUCAAACCGACAUCAACGAGUGUCAAUCUCAUCCCUGUCAGCAUGGCGGCACGUGCAAUAACACCGACGGAAACUUCACGUGUAACUGUCCUCAUGGUUGGACGGGCAACCUGUGUGAUACUGACGUCAACGAAUGCCACCCUAUUAAUCCUUGUCAACAUGGUGGCACGUGUCGAAAUUCCAAAGGCAGCUAUACCUGUCAUUGUUCUCAUGGCUGGUCAGGCAACAAGUGUCAAACCGACAUCGAUGAAUGUCACCAAAAUCCUUGUCAACAUGGUGGAACUUGUCAAAAUUCACAAGGGAGCUUCGCAUGUAGCUGUUCUAACGGUUGGACAGGCAACAAGUGUCAAACUGACAUCAACGAGUGUCAACAUAAUCCUUGCCAACAUCGGGGCACCUGUAACAAUGUAGAUGGUAAUUAUACGUGUCACUGUAGGCAAGGCUGGACGGGUUGGAAUUGUGGCCAUGAUGUAAACGAAUGUCAAAUGACUCCGAAAGUGUGUAGAAAUAACGCGACGUGUCACAAUACCGAGGGCGGCUAUAAUUGUUCCUGUUUGACUGGAUGGAGAGGAGAUAACUGCACAUCUGACGUAGAUGAAUGCGAUAAUCACGUGUGUAAAAACAACGCCACGUGUACCAAUACUGUCGGCGGCUAUAAGUGUAGUUGUACCAAAGGUUGGCGGGGGAGGACAUGCGAGGAGGAUAUAGAUGAAUGUGUCUCACACAAUCCUUGUUUAAAUCACGGACACUGCAGAAACAUCGAUGGUGGCUACCAUUGUAAUUGUUCAAAAAAUUGGACUGGAAAAAACUGUUCAGAGGACGUCGAUGAAUGUAAAACAAAUAAUAUCUGUCUUCAUGGUGGUACCUGUUCAAAUACUCACGGUGGCUUCGCGUGUUCUUGUGUAAAAGGAUGGACAGGGAAUACAUGUGAAAACGACUUGAAUGAGUGUAAUAACAAAGUCAUAUGCAAACAUGGAGGAAUAUGUAAUAAUAUCGGUGGUGGCUUUACAUGUAAUUGUACUGUUGGAUGGACUGGUGACACGUGUCAAACCGACAUCAACGAGUGUCAAUCUCAUCCCUGUCAGCAUGGCGGCACGUGCAAUAACACCGACGGAAACUUCACGUGUAACUGUCCUCAUGGUUGGACGGGCAACCUGUGUGAUACUGACGUCAACGAAUGCCACCCUAUUAAUCCUUGUCAACAUGGUGGCACGUGUCGAAAUUCCAAAGGCAGCUAUACCUGUCAUUGUUCUCAUGGCUGGUCAGGCAACAAGUGUCAAACCGACAUCGAUGAAUGUCACCAAAAUCCUUGUCAACAUGGUGGAACUUGUCAAAAUUCACAAGGGAGCUUCGCAUGUAGCUGUUCUAACGGUUGGACAGGCAACAAGUGUCAAACUGACAUCAACGAGUGUCAACAUAAUCCUUGCCAACAUCGGGGCACCUGUAACAAUGUAGAUGGUAAUUAUACGUGUCACUGUAGGCAAGGCUGGACGGGUUGGAAUUGUGGCCAUGAUGUAAACGAAUGUCAAAUGACUCCGAAAGUGUGUAGAAAUAACGCGACGUGUCACAAUACCGAGGGCGGCUAUAAUUGUUCCUGUUUGACUGGAUGGAGAGGAGAUAACUGCACAUCUGACGUAGAUGAAUGCGAUAAUCACGUGUGUAAAAACAACGCCACGUGUACCAAUACUGUCGGCGGCUAUAAGUGUAGUUGUACCAAAGGUUGGCGGGGGAGGACAUGCGAGGAGGAUAUAGAUGAAUGUGUCUCACACAAUCCUUGUUUAAAUCACGGACACUGCAGAAACAUCGAUGGUGGCUACCAUUGUAAUUGUUCAAAAAAUUGGACUGGAAAAAACUGUUCAGAGGACGUCGAUGAAUGUAAAACAAAUAAUAUCUGUCUUCAUGGUGGUACCUGUUCAAAUACUCACGGUGGCUUCGCGUGUUCUUGUGUAAAAGGAUGGACAGGGAAUACAUGUGAAAACGACUUGAAUGAGUGUAAUAACAAAGUCAUAUGCAAACAUGGAGGAAUAUGUAAUAAUAUCGGUGGUGGCUUUACAUGUAAUUGUACUGUUGGAUGGACUGGUGACACGUGUCAAACCGACAUCAACGAGUGUCAAUCUCAUCCCUGUCAGCAUGGCGGCACGUGCAAUAACACCGACGGAAACUUCACGUGUAACUGUCCUCAUGGUUGGACGGGCAACCUGUGUGAUACUGACGUCAACGAAUGCCACCCUAUUAAUCCUUGUCAACAUGGUGGCACGUGUCGAAAUUCCAAAGGCAGCUAUACCUGUCAUUGUUCUCAUGGCUGGUCAGGCAACAAGUGUCAAACCGACAUCGAUGAAUGUCACCAAAAUCCUUGUCAACAUGGUGGAACUUGUCAAAAUUCACAAGGGAGCUUCGCAUGUAGCUGUUCUAACGGUUGGACAGGCAACAAGUGUCAAACUGACAUCAACGAGUGUCAACAUAAUCCUUGUCAACAUCGGGGCAUCUGUAACAAUGUAGAUGGUAAUUAUACGUGUCACUGUAGGCAAGGCUGGACGGGUAUGAAUUGUGGCCAUGAUGUAAACGAAUGUCAAAUGACUCCGAAAGUGUGUAGAAAUAACGCGACGUGUCACAAUACCGAGGGCGGCUAUAAUUGUUCCUGUUUGACUGGAUGGAGAGGAGAUAACUGCACAUCUGACGUAGAUGAAUGCGAUAAACACGUGUGUAAAAACAACGCCACGUGUACCAAUACUGACGGCGGCUAUAAGUGUAGGUGUACCAAAGGUUGGCGGGGGAGUACAUGCGAGGUGGAUGUAGAUGAAUGUCAAAUCAACCCUUGCCACAACGAGGCUACUUGUCACAACAAUAUCGGAUCGUUUGAAUGUGUCUGUAGGAGUGGAUGGUCAGGACGUCACUGUGACGUGGAUAUAGACGAAUGUAAACAGACGAUUAUCUGCCAUCAUGGAUCGUGUCUUAACACUAAUGGGAGUUACGUAUGUAAGUGUAUGGAAGGGUGGGGUGGCACAAACUGUUCGGACGAUAUACAAUCUACAACGGAUCAUCGUGUCUAUGAAACCACUUCUAAAGAAUACAGUCACUUGAAUACCAAAGACAUUUCUGUCGAGAUGACGUCAAUGUCAGAACUAAAACCUCAAAAAUCGGAAGGUGUCAGUAAAAUUACACAGACCUCAACGCCUCAAAUGGCCACACAUGAGCAAACGUUAUCCACGUCAAAACAAACCCUAACUACGCCAUCCACGUCAAAACAAACCCUAACUACGCCAUCCACGUCAAAGCACCGAUCGACCACGCUGCCGACUUCAAAACAAUAUACGGCUUCCAAAUUCAGCAAUAUCAAAAGCGAUGUUGUUUCUACAACGUAUGAACCAACCACAACGACAAGCAAAAGUGUUCGUAGUAGUAGACAUGGUUUGGUUAGUUCAACGACAAAUACAGAAAGACCAGUGGUACCCACUACAGCCUUUGUAGCGACCUCGACACCCGGGAAUAUAGGUAUGACUUCCAGGACGUCACAGACUGCAAAGCCAACCAUUAAAGCGGCUGGACCAUCGAACGCAAACGCUAACAAGGGGAAUCAGAGCUGGACGGCUAAUAACUGGCCGAUACUAGCCGGUGUAGGGGGUGUGGUAUUACUGAUUAUCGUCGCAGCAGUGGUCAUACACAAAAGACGAAAAAUGAAAGCUAAUGUAGCGACAUAUAUAGAUGAGAAUGAUCUGAGAGCCAGGGACAACACCCGGGACAGUACCGCCGCUGUAGUGUUCGAAAACACUGUUUACAACACAAUGGACACAUCUCAUCAAUAUGUAUGUACGCUCGAUAAGCCGGACGAGAUACAGGAUGAUGAUCAUGAGGAGGAGGGGGAUGAUUCCUAUUCUGAAAUGAAUGAAAACGAAUGCCGACUCUAAUACAACGUGGAUCUAUCUGCUGACCAAACAUUUAAACGUGUCACGUGGAGCCAUAUGCCUAUAUAUGGUUCGCAUUCAAACAGUCGCCGGUGUGUAGACAUGUGUUACAAUGUGAUUUGUAUGAUGUCGAAUUGUUAGUUAGGGCCAACAAGUGAAUGCCGUGGUGAUAACACAAGAAUGUACAUAUAGCUUCAAUAAUGAACAGCUGAGGUCAACACUGUCAAUUCCAAAUACCUUCAAUGUCGAACACCAAGUUAGCAUAGACAUAUUGGUAUACCUUCAAUGUCGAACACCAAGUUAGCAUAGACAUAUCGGUAUACCUUCAACAACGAACAACAUA